GCCAAGAUCUCGCUCGGUUUCCGUGGUAACGGGGCCGCGCGUCCUACCUUGCAGUGAGUGAGGCUUCCGGAGUCACAGAGAGGAGGCAAAAAUGUCCAUACUCACUUCUCCCAGAGGAAAGGUAGAAGUGGUUCACUGCCGAAGAACAGAAUCGCAGGAUAUUUAUUGUAUCCAAAAACUCAUUAGAAAAUUUACCCAGAAGCUGUUUGGGAAGCUUAAUAUCAUCUAUCUUCUAGAAAAAGCAAACCUGGCCAUCACCCUGUGCAAUGACAAGGAGGAGAUCAUGGCCCACGCCAUCUUCCUGGACUAUCCCAACUGGAACGUGGCCACGCCUGUGGCCUGGCCCUCGGUGUUCGGGGAGCUUCACAGCGACAUCCCCUGCACGCCUCUGAACACGCUAUUCCUGCACCUCUUCGUGGCUGUGGAUGAGUACUCUACCGGCUGCUGCAAAGAGAUUAUUCGGACUGUGUUUAAGGCAGUGCCCGAGCUGCACUUCAUCUUUCUCGUAGUGCCGUCCUACAUGAGCCUAGGCUCAACUCUCAUCACCGUUUUUAAUCAAGUGGGCAGCGUGCCAUGUCUGACGUAUGACGAGGACUUUGCAGUGUAUGUGUGUCAUAGGCACAGACACUACCCUCAGCUCUACAUUCGCCGAGCCAGGGUGGAAGACCACGAUGACCUCAUGCCGAUAUUUAUGCAGCACGGCACCAUCCUGAAGGAUACGUAUGGCGAGUACUUCCUGGCUGAGCUGAUCGAGGCCCAGGAUGAAGAGAAUCAUGCCGUCGUGUGUGAGGUGGAAGGCAUAGCUGUUGGCUUCAUGAGCGUGUGCUCCAGAGUGAACCUGCAGCUGCUGCAUGAGUGCUUCGACCUGGGGCCUUUCCAUGGAUUCUGCGUCCCACAUCCCGAUGAUGUCCUGGAGCCACCUGAAGCAUCCAGAAGCGUAGAUGCUGAGCUCUGGGCAGACAGCCAGGGUUCCCAGAGGAAUGCUGAGGAACCUCCAGGACCAGUCUCUCCAGAGGCCAUUGGGAGUGCCCAGGAAAAAGUCACGGAAGAAACUGAACUGCUUUCAGCAGUCCACAGUGAAAAUGUCAGUGACAUACAGGACUCAGAGAGACACAGUCUGAUUUCUCUGACUGGUGAGCAGGAGCACAGUGUCAGCCGCUGGAGUUCGGCAUCCAUCCAGCUGCCCAAGGAGCCCAGCCACUUCCGCCCGGUCUACAGAGGCACCCCCAUUGCGUUCUGCAUUCAGCUCUUUUGUAUCGAUGAGAAGUACGAGGCAAGGUCGUUGGAUUUUAUGAAUUUUGUUUUCAGUCUCUUUCCUGACAAGCACUACUGCAUCAUUUCUGUGCCCCAACUCACCCCUGAGUUUGUCCUCAUCCAGAACUUUGUGAAGGUCAUCCCCUUUGAGGAUUGCACACUCCAGAAUGACCUCUACGUCUUUCACCGGGCUGGGCUGUUCAAGUCCAUUAAAAUAAGAUUAGCCAAAGGUACGGACACUCCUGGUGUGGAGCAGCUGGUGAGCUCCCUCAUGCUGAGUAGGAGCAUAUUGGAGGACCUGGCCCAGUACAACGAGGCCCGCAGAGACCCUGAUGGGACGCCAAUGCAGGUGUUCGUGGCAGAAGUGGCAGAACAAGUUGUUGGCAUUGCAGUGAUCAGAAACGAAGUGGACAUAGAAUACAUCCGCUCCCACUACAAUAUUGAGGACUUUAUCUACUUCAGCCACCACCAGCGGGAUGAGCACGGACGUCUGCACCACUUGGCCCUGAACCCCGCUUUCCGGCACUACAUGAAGUUCUUCCUGAAAGAGAUCCUUCGUCUGGGCUCCAAGACCUGUCUCUACUACCCGGUGUACCCACAGCCCAAGGAGGGCAAGAUUGCUGCCUUCAAGCUGCAGAGCCCCGACGCCCACUCGCUGACAUCUGCCCUUCAUUACUUGGUUCCCGUGCGCCCACGACGACAGAUUGUCUAUCCUCUGGAAAAGCUUGGCAUCAACGCUCCAUCAAAGGCGGUCUCCAAGGACGCGUUGGCUUAUGCCUUGAACCAUACAAACAGAAAGCUCACAAUGGAACCUAAAAUCACUGUCAAUGCCAGGAUUAUUGUGGUUGGUGCCUCCAGUGUUGGAAUUUCCUUCCUAGAGACCUUGGUGUUUUGCUCUCACCUGAAAUUUAAUAAUCUCACCCUGAUUUCAACACAUGGACUCCCAGGAAAAAGACUUCUGGACAACGAACAAAGGAAAUUUUUAGCAACCGACCACUGUUUUAAUGAUAAAGAUUAUGCAUUGAUGUCACUGUGCUCCUGGGUUAAUGUGGUGGUGGGCAGAAUGACGGGCAUAGACCGGGCAGCCAAGCAUGUUAUAGUGUCCAAGGACAAAGCCGUCCCGUAUGACCACCUUAUCCUGUGCACCGGGCAGCAGUACCAGGUCCCGUGCCCAACAGGGGCCGAUGUCAGCCAGCACCCCACAAACCGAGAGGUGCCCGACAGCAGCAAGAUGCGGUACUCGGGACAAGUUCCCUGCAACCUAUUCCUGCUCAACGACGAGGAGGACUGCGUGAAGGCCCUGACUUGGAUCCGGAGCAACUCCAUCACCACAGAAGGGAAUGUCAUUGUCUACGGGAAUACAAUUGACACCUACACCACCGUGGAAAUGCUCUUAAACCUGGGUGUGAGAGGCACCUGCAUCUACCUAGUGCGUACUCCACCCAACUCUGCAGUCACCUCCCUCAACAACUACUCGGUGGAGGGUGCAGUGGACGAGGCGUUGGAGGCGGCCGGCGUCACUACUUUCCAGGACGCCAUCCUGGCCCAGUGGAAUGAAGGCCUGAACCCCAACCCCAUCAACUGUGCCAGCUUCACCACACCCACCAAGCCGUUCCAGCUCCAGUGCUCUAUGUUCUUCAGCUUCUGUGAGAAGAACGUGGACUAUGAAACUUUCAAAGCAUUGAAUGAUGCGUGUCUUGUCUAUGACGGUCGUCUUGUGAUUGACACCAACUUCCACACCAAUGACAUCGCCAUCAGGGCCGCCGGCCCCCUCACCAAGUUUUCUAACAGAUACUAUGCAAAUGACUGGACUCACAGCAACUUCAGUUCCAAAGAAGUGGGCUUUCAGCUGGCAGCCACUAUGCUCAAUCUCUUCGAUCCAACCCUGGAGCCUGUGAUAGAGCCACCAGCUGACCUGGACCGCCUCAUCCCCAUGUACAAGGGAGCCAAGAUGCAAGGAGGCAUUCUCCCUGGAUCCUACCAUUACCUGCACAUCACCAAGCCAGCCAUCCCCAUUGCCCUGGAGGUGCAGAUGGCACAGGCUGAUUUUAGUUCAGAAAUAGUAACUGGUAGCGCCAAAGCUGGGACCUACUUCCGGAUUCACAUCAAUAAGUAUAAAAUGGUGGAGGACAUCACGUGCCUUUCCCAUGAGCCUUUCCCUGUCUCCAACUACAUCCGCCUGUUCGGCCAGCACGAACAAGCUCUCAAUGACCUCUGUGCGCGUUACAACAGUGACCGGAUUUCAGAUCUCUAUAGCUACUUCACGGAGCCCUGGUGCAUGGCCCUGCUCCACGAUCGCUUUAUCGACCUCAGGAAGGAGCUGCGCCAGGUCCUGGCCAGUGAGCAGGAGGAAGGCCAGCCUUCCUUGGAACAGCUGGCGCGCCAGAUAGUGGAGGAGGAAAUCAUCCUCAAGGAGGAGCCCCGGAAGUACCUCCGGAGAGUCUUCCAGGAAACCAUCUACCGACCCCUGGUGGAGAAAAGCAUCCUUGACUUCCUGCACUACAACCGCUACCACCUGCCCAUGUACGCAUGGCCGGACAUCAUCUAGACCAGCACCUGGCCGGGCCAGCAAGCAGCCCGGGACCCGGCGAGACAGGCCUGUAGUUUCUGCUUGGCCCAGUAGGUGGCGCACGACCGUGCAUCUCCAUCCUGCGGGGCAGAGACCUUUACCAACACCAGGCCUGCUCCUGGCUGAAGAAUCCA